UUUGGCGUCGCCCGACGGGCGAGUGGGCGUUGAGGCGCGGAGCUGGGGAGCCUUCCGAGGUCCGGCGGGUCUGCGUCAGCGCAGUACUUUUUAUCAGAUCGAGAUGGUCCUCACCCUGUCUCCUCAGUGCCCAUAAGUUUCUCUUCUUUCUGGACUCAUACUUUACGCCACGAUGCAGCAAGCUUUGGAACAAGCUUUGGAUCGUGCAGAGUAUGUCAUUGAAAGUGCCCGACAGAGACCUCCUAAAAGGAAAUACCUGUCUAGUGGAAGAAAAUCUAUAUUUCAAAAGCUUUAUGAUUUGUAUGUUGAAGAAUGUGAGAAAGAGCCUGAGGUUAAGAAAAUAAGAAGAAAUGUGAACUUGUUGGAGAAGCUUGUUAUGCAAGAAUCUUUGUCAUGCUUAGUGGUCAACCUGUAUCCAGGAAAUGAAGGAUAUUCUCUGAUGCUCAGGGGAAAAAAUGGAUCAGAUUCUGAGACCAUCCGACUACCUUAUGAAGAAGGGGACUUGCUUGAAUACUUGGAUGCAGAAGAAUUACCUCCUAUCCUGGUUGAUCUGCUAGAAAAAUCUCAGGUUAACAUUUUUCACUGUGGAUGUGUCAUAGCGGAAAUACGUGACUAUAGGCAGUCCAGUAACAUGAAACCUCCUGGCUACCAAAGUAGGCACAUUCUCUUACGUCCAACAAUGCAGACUUUAAUCUGUGAUGUGCAUUCAAUAACAAGUGAUAACCAUAAAUGGACCCAGGAAGACAAACUUUUACUUGAGAGCCAGCUGAUCCUUGCGACAGCUGAACCACUGUGUCUUGAUCCAUCCAUAGCUGUAACUUGCACCGCAAACAGACUGCUUUAUAACAGACAAAAGAUGAACACACGUCCAAUGAAACGAUGUUUCAAGAGGUAUUCCAGGUCCUCUCUGAACCGGCAGCAGGAUCUGUCUCAUGGUCCUCCACCUCCUCAGCUGAGAUUACUUGAUUUCUUACAGAAAAGAAAGGAAAGAAAAGCAGGUCAGCAUUAUGACCUCAAAAUUUCAAAAGCAGGAAAUUGUGUAGAUAUGUGGAAACGGAGUCCAUGUAAUUUGGCCAUACCUUCUGAAGUGGAUGUGGAGAAAUAUGCUAAGGUAGAAAAGUCCAUUAAAUCUGAUGAUUCACAACCAACUGUCUGGCCGGCCCAUGAUGUAAAAGAUGAUUAUGUAUUUGAAUGUGAAGCUGGUAAUCAGUAUCAGAAAACGAAGCUGACCAUCUUGCAGUCACUUGGUGAUCCCCUCUACUAUGGUAAAAUACAGCCAUAUAAAACAGAUGAAGAAAGUGACAGCCAGAUGUCUCCCUCCCACUGCUCCACAGAUGAUCAUUCAAAUUGGUUUAUUAUUGGAUCAAAGACAGAUGCUGAAAGGGUGGUCAAUCAGUACCAGGAAUUGAUCCAGAAUGAAGCCAAAUGUCCAGUCAAGAUGUCUCACAGUUCCAGUGGCUCAGCCAGUCUGAGUCAGCUCUCUCCAGGGAAAGAGACAGAACAACCCGAGACCGUGUCAGUUCAGUCAUCAGUAUUGGGCAAAGGGGUAAAACAUCGACCUCCACCUAUAAAACUUCCUUCAAGCUCAGGAAAUAGUUCCUCAGGUAACUAUUUUACACCACAGCAGGCAAGCAGUUUUCUUAAAUCUCCAACUCCUCCUCCUUCUUCUUCUAAGCCACGAAGUCUUUCUCGCAAGUCUUCCGUGGACCUCAGCCAAGUUAACAUGCUUUCUCCAGCUGCCCUGUCACCUGCCAGCUCAUCACAAAGAUCUGGAACUCCUAAGCCAUCUACUCCUACACCAACCCCUUCAUCGGCCCCACACCCUCCUGAUGCUCAGAGUUCAACUCCUAGUGCCCCUUCAACCACCCCUACUCCCCAAGAUUCAGGCUUCACCCCUCAGCCCACUUUGUUAACUCAGUUUGCUCAGCAGCAAAGGUCUCUGAGCCAGGCGAUGCCUGUAACGACCACUCCUCUCUCCACCAUGGUAACCUCUGUAACUCCAGGAGCCACAGCCACCCAGGUCACGGCAAACUCUGCUGCACUUAACUUCAUCAACGUAGUGGGCUCUGUUUGUGGGGCUCAGACUUUGAUGAGUGGUUCAAACUCCAUGCUGGGCUGUAGUGCUGGUGCCAUAACUCCUGCAGGAAUCAACUUGAGUGGCCUUCUCCCCUCAGCAGGUCUGCUACCAAAUGCACUGCCCACUGCAGUGCCCACAGCUUCUCAAGCAGGUGUUCCAUUUGGUUUAAAAAAUACGUCAAAUCUCAGGCCCUUAAAUCUGCUCCAGCUUCCAGGUGGGUCGCUCAUCCUGAACACCCAGCAGCAGCAGCAGCAGCUCUCGCCAUUUCCACCGCAGAUGCCUCCGCAGCCUACCACUGCUAGUCCACAGCAGCCCGGGGAGCAGGGUUCUGAACAGGGUUCAACCAGUCAAGAACAGGCCUUACCUGCUCAGCAGGCUGCUGUUAUUAACCUUACUGGAGUAGGAAACUUUAUGCAGUCCCAGGCAGCUGCAGUUGCGAUUCUUGCAGCAUCAAAUGGCUAUGGCAGCGGCAGCGGCACCAGCACCAGCACAAACAGCUCAGCUACAUCAGCAGCAGCAUACAGGCAGCCAGUCAAAAAGUAACAUGAAGAGAGGCACGUCUACCACUGCAAAAUUCUGAGUCUUUUUUUUCCCUAAAAAGGAGCAAAAGGAUUGUGUUUCUACUUUUUUUAUGUGUAUUUUACACUGAUAGAUGUACAAACUUUAUACAAAAGCACAGCCCUAUGAUUUUUUAAAAAUAAAAACAAGGAAAUGGUUUAACA